AUGACGGCCAAUAAUUAUCCCCAGACGUCUCCUCAGACUGUCUCCGACCACACCAUGAGCACCGCAACCCCCACGGCGCGUCUGCCGCCGCCCGAGAAGCCCGAGGCCAUCCGCACCCGCUUCAAGGUCAUUGCGGCCUUCUGGGCUGUAAUCAUAUUCUUGGGCUUUCCCAUCUGGUGGAAGACCACCUCGAUCUAUCGCGCUUCUCUGCCUGUCCCGGACAUGAUUGAUUGGGCUGAUGGAAAGACCUGUCGUCCUGUCUUCCCCCUCGAGAUCCGCGUUGAGACCCCCUCCCUGCCUGAUGUCGACGCUCAGCAUCUUCUCCGCUCUACGCAGCACACGCUCGAUGACCUCAAUGAGUUCUCCGCGCACCAUCUGCGACUGAAGCUCUCCCACGAGAACCCCGAUCAGCCCGCAGCCGACGCCGCAGACACCGCAUUGACCGUCCGUCUACUGCCCCAGGACGACCUCUCCAGCCCUCGCGCAGCUCUCCACCAUGAUACCACUCAGCUCGAUGUCUUCUAUCCCCCUAGCCAGAUUCCGCCCCCGUCGGCGUCCAACUCGCCCCUAUCCACCUUCCUCGCAGACGAGCUUCAGCUUCUCUUCGCCGAGGAGAAAGCCAUCAUCGCCCAGGUGCUCUCCGACUACAACAUCCCCGGCGCACCCACUUCCCCGGAUCUCGCAGAGAGCGUUACUCGCCGUCUCCGCCGCUCCAUGAAAUAUGCCGACACCUACCACCUCGCCUUCAGCCUCUUCACCCCCGGCGCAUCCCCUUCCUCUUGGGACAUCCAAGCCGCCGUGCACGACUACAUCACCCCGGUCCUCGACGCCUUCUCCCCCAUCAGCAACUUCACUGUCGACACCCAAGUCCAGCUCUACGCAACCUCCUCCCCAACCGCGCCACCCCCCGAAUACGACGAAACCCACUCUGCCUGGACCCUCAAAAAGGACGACCUCAGCGCCUUCAUCAACGCCGCCGAAUGGCCCCUCAGCCCCAGCAUCGGCCCCGGCCCUACCAUCAACUUCAUCCUCUACAUCCCCUCCCCCUCACAAUCCCCCCUCGUCGUCAAAGACAGCCUCGCAACCAGCUGGAUCAUCCCGCAAUGGGGCGGUGUCUUCCUCCUAAACCCAACCCCAACCCCUGACCACCCCACGCACCUCACCAAAGAAACCCUCGGCCCGGCCUUCAUGACCUUCUCCCACCAACUCCUCACCCUCCUCGGCGCCCCCUCCACCCCUCCACCUCUCCCUCUCCGUCUCCAAACCCUCACCCGCGUCCGCGCCGCAUCCCUCCUCCUCUCCGCCUCCUCAACCAUGGGCUCCCUCGCCCGUCUCACCGAGUCCCUCCCUCAAAUCCCCAUCCCCGCUACCGUGGCCACCUCCGUCUCUACUACGCUCUCUCAUCUCUCCUCCGCAUGCGACCAUCUCCGCCACGGCCAGUUCCAGGCCGCCCUGGCGAGUGCCCGUGUCGCGGAGGGCGAGGCCGAGCGCAGCUUCUUCGAGAAGAGUAUGGUAGGCCAGAUGUAUUUCCCGGAUGAGCAUAAGGUGGCGGUGUAUUUGCCGCUGCUGGGGCCGGUGGGAGUACCUCUUAUUGUGGGGUUGUUGAAGGAGGUCAAGAAGGUGGUGAGUGCUUGGAGGGAGAGAAGGAAGUGA